AAGUAGAUAUUCUGUAUUACAGUGUAUUUAUUGUUUUUUUAUUUAUAUAAAUAAUUGUUUAUAGAUAUUUAUUAGUUAGUGAAUUAAAAAUCAUUACAAUUUAAUUGAAUUAUAUAUAUUAUUUAAUUUAGUGAUCUCCUAGUAAGAAAAUGCCCCCGAAACAAAGAAAAAUCGCUAUAAUGGGUUAUCGUUCAGUCGGUAAAUCGUCAUUAAGCAUUCAGUUUGUUGAAGGUCAGUUUGUCGAUUCCUACGAUCCAACAAUUGAAAACACUUUUGUGAAAACCACCAAAGUAAACAAUCAAGAAUAUGACUUAAAAUUAGUUGAUACAGCUGGACAAGAUGAGUACUCUAUAUUGCCAACACAGUAUUCUAUGGACAUUCAUGGAUAUGUCUUAGUCUAUAGUAUUACGUCACCAAAAUCUUUUGAAAUUAUACAAAUCAUUUAUGAUAAAUUAUUAGACAUGACAGGCAAAGUACAUAUUCCUGUAGUGUUGGUAGGUAAUAAAAAAGAUUUACAUAUGGAUCGAGUUGUCACUCAAGAAGAAGGACGAAAGUUAGCUAAUUCUUGGAAAGCAGUAUUUCUCGAAGCUUCGGCCAAACAGAAUGAGUGUGUAGCUGAUAUCUUUCAUACUAUGAUAAUGGAAAUUGAAAAAACAAAUGGAAAUACUGUUCAAGAAAAUAAUAAAUGCAGUAUUUCAUGAAAAUGUAAAACUAUA